UGUUGUAAAAAAGUUGUCUAUCCACCGUGAUUCGCUUAGCACCCGCACGCAGUCGAAGAUAGUGGAAAAUAAAAGAAGAAUGGUAUUGAAGAACAGAUAUUGGAUUGUGAGGCAUGGCAAGAGCAUUCCCAACGAGCGAGGCCUUAUUGUUUCUUCCAUGGAAAAUGGUAUUCUCCCUGAAUUCCAAUUGGCCCCAGAAGGCGUUAAUCAAGCACAACUCGCUGGAUAUUCAUUUCAAAAGGAACUAGAGUCCAAUAAUAUACCACUUGCUAAUGUUCGCAUUUGCUACUCCCCCUUUUCAAGAACAACCCACACUGCUAAUGUUGUUGCAACAGCAUUGAAUAUUCCUUUUCAUGCCUCUCAUUGUAAGGUCAUCCAAGAUCUUCGAGAGCGCUACUUUGGUCCUUCCUUUGAGCUUUUAUCUCAUGAUAAGUAUGAUCAUAUUUGGGAAAUAGAUGAGAAAGAUCCUCUUGUUGGGCCAGAAGGAGGGGAAAGUGUUAAGGAUGUUGCCAGUAGACUUGCAAAAACAAUGGCCAUUAUCGAACAAGAAUUUGAAGGAUGUGCGAUUUUGGUUGUCAGCCAUGGGGAUCCCCUGCAGAUCUUGCAAACAAUUCUUCAUGCAGCUAAGAAACAUAAGGAACCCACUUCUAAUGACUUAGCUUCAAUAUUAGAGGCAGUUCAGGUGGCGCCAAUCUUGUCCAAGCAUCGCCAAUAUGCUCUGAAUACUGGAGAGCUCAGGAGAGUCAUUUGAGAUUUCACGUUUGAGGUCUAGCAUUAAUGCAGCUAACUGUUUUGGUUGGAUUUUAAUCCCCUUUUUUCCAUUGUUUAGUUUAUUAUCAUAUUCAAAACUCUUUGGAGUAUUUAUCAAAUAUUUUCUUUUCUUUAUGAAGAUGAUGAUUCUUCAGGAAAUUACUUUGCAGUUUAUAAUACAUGAUGAUUAUAUAUUGACUCAUUUGGACUGGA